AUGGGAGGAACAGCCGUUCCCACAAUAAAUGGUGGGGUAUUGCAACAUUCAAAUUCUUACGUUCAAAUCAAUAUCUACGAUACAAAUAUCAAAGAACUUCAAGAUCGUGGAGUGGAUAUCAAGCACAUGCUGUCAACGGGCAACAAUAGCAUGGUCAAUAAAACUGUCGAGGAAUCUGGUGACAUGGAUGUGACGUCUUUUGAAGAUAAUGAUUCCAACUGUAAUGAGACUGUUGUUCACGAUGGUAUCUAUACAACAUUAGCAACAUCCUUUACCGAUUCCAAUAUAUCAGUAGGCAACAUAGUCCGAGAAGGUUGCUGUGGUGAUCCUAGGAGCUGUCAGAAAGGUCAAGAUAUCUACCAGGUCACAGAACGCCCACUGCAGCACGAGCAAAGUCGUCCUACAGCAAAUCAUAGCAAUUACUUUUACAAUGACAGCAAGCUACUUACAAAAGACAUUACGCCUGAAAAUAAUGCCACCACUUUCCAAGACUGUCAAGAAGUUGUGGUAGAUAUACCACCCGCUGAUGACUGCGUAAACGCUGUCACGUCAUCUGAACUUCCAAGCUCUACUAAAAAUGCUACACUUCCACGUGUGCAAACCAAUUCAGGAUCCCAUUGGUCUUCACUUACCUCGGACGAGGUAGUGCCUGUUGAAGAUAGUGGUGAAAUUGAUGAUAUUACAGAAGCAGACCUUUCAUUUACCUCAUUUUCACGGGAAGUUGUAUCGGCUUUACAGUCCAUUAAUCCAACCUCAUCGUUGUUUAUGGGUAAUAUCGUAUUUCACGACGAAUUAGAUCAGCAAUGUCACAGUUCCUCUAUAGAGGUCGAACGAUUUGUUUCAAAGCGACAAGAAUCGCAGGAAAGCGCUAAUUCCAGGGAGACCAGCAUAUUAAAUUCGGAGCGCUGCGUGUUCCGAACUGCGGAUAUCGAUGAAGAAAGUGUUUACAAUACUGGAAUUAGUCGCCAAAGUUACAUAGCUGGUAAAGAAGAUGUUGUUGAGGACAUCGUUGGAAAUGAGUUACCUCCACUAUCUUCUCUAACGUUAGGAGGUCAAGAGUUAAAUGAAAAGUUGGAUUCUUCCCCUCGCUCUCCAUCUGAAAUCGUUUCACUUCGAAAUUCUGGUCUUGAAAAUGCAUUCUCAAUGCAAUCCGCUACCGCUGAACGGUAUGUCCGUCGGAAACGGGCUCGAUCGAUAUCGGAGGACUCCGAGGGUGGAGCCACUAUCACUCCUAAGGAAGGCUCCCCAAAUGAUAUUAAUCAUCAUCACAAAAAUGUACAUCGCGAUUCGCCCUAUAUGGGAGCACUUUCUAUAGAAACAAGAGAAGAUCUGGAUGAACUUCUUGUGUUGUGGAAUCAGUGUUUUCCAGAUGGCUUUGCACAAUUUGAAGGCGAAUCCGUUUCUCAUGACAGCCUACAACAAUUUCACAUGGAUCAAUGCGCAGAGAAUGAAAUGGAAAUAAAGCGGAAAAAAGAACUUACUAAAUGUGUAAUUGAUGGGACUGCCAUGGAUGAAUCAGACUGCUGCAAUAGACAUAAUGUUGUUCACGAAAACGAUCCUGUUAAAGCAAGAAUACCAUCAUACGUUUCAUUCGCCGAUUAUUUGGAUGCUAGCAGCUCAGAAGAGCUCUCAGUGACAUUAUCUUUCUCUGCAAUAUGCUCAGCCUUUGGAAGAAAUAGUUUUCUCCAAUCAAUGAGUUUCUCUAAGAGUUCUGAAGGACCAAACUUUGUUACGAACGAGUUUGAGUCCAAAAAACUGGACGGUUUUCCUAUUGCUGAAUCAACGACGACUGUGGAAUGUGGUUUAGUAGAAGAGGACGUUCAGGGAUUGUUUCCUGAUCCAGAUAUAGUACAUGAGGAAUUUCACGUAGAUGAGAAUGGCAAAAGCGUCUUCUGUAAACUUGAAGAAGUAGAGCUCAGAGUGUCUUUUUCCAAAUUUUCACACGAUUUGGAAUCAGUGUCAAAUAUCGGAACAAGAGCUGUACAAAACUGUACUCAAACAGUUCGAAGGCCUGCGUUUGGUUCUAUGUGCAAGGUAUUCGUAGAUUUUAAGGAAUCUGUUGUGGACGAUAAGAAGACGGACUAUUCUAGAAAUAACUAUGUGGUCAUGCGACGAAUGUCUUUGGUUCCAAAAUCCUACCAUUGCAAAAUAGAAGGUUGCAAACGGCGCAUUCGUUUACGAUACGGGUAUGGGAAACAGAGACUUCUCGAACAUGUGAGAGCUCACUGGGGAAAGUUGUUGAAAAAGUGCAAGCUGUGUACUUUUAGGGCGUCACAUGCGUACAAAGUGUAUUACCAUCAUAAAUGCAAGCAUUCCGGUUCGGAUUUCUUUCAAGCAGAAUCUUUAGAGACGAAAGAAGAUAUGAAAGAACUCUUGCAAAUUUGGAAACUUUGCUUCGAUGGUGUGUGGUUCUCUUCAAUAGUGUCUUAUCUGCAACAUUUACUUCUACAAAGAGUGCAGCAUAUUGGAUUUCGUUCUGUCAUCAUGGAUAUACCUGUUCUUGGUUCGGCUCCUUUAAAGUUCUCAGUGGAAGGAAGCGUCCGCCGUGCAAAGUCAUUCGGAGUGGACACCGAUUUUCAAUGCGUUGCUGAUUGCUACCAAACGCGGCAAUAUGAUGUCCAGCAGGUCACGAAACACGCACUUCAAUAUGAGCCAAACCGUUCCCUUACGGAAAAUCUAAAUAAUCUUGACAACAAACUGCUUUCGAAAAACAUCACCACUGCGGCGGCUGACGUCAAUAUUUUUCAAAACUCUCAAGAAAGCAUGGUGAAUACACCUGCCAUUGAUGGUUACGCAAACGCUUCCCUGUCAUUUGAAUGUCCACUUUCUCCUGUUAAUGAUACAGCACCACGUGUUGAAAGUUGCCCAAAAACUCCGUUGUCUUCAUCAACUUCACCUGAAGAAGAAUGUUUUGAAGAUAUUGGUAACUUUGGUGGUGCUAAUAUAACAGAUCAGUCAUUUAUAUCGUUUUCGCGGGAAAUUGUAUCAGGUUUGCAGUCCAUUAAUGCAACCCCAUUGUCGUCUUUGGGUGAUGACGUGAUUUGCAACGAAUUGAAUCAACAGUGUUGUAAUAGCGAACAUAAAUCACACGAAGGCAUCAAAUCCAGAAACAUCUGCGAUUUAGAAUUGGAAGAUUGUGUAUUGGGAUCUGUUGAAAUCAAUGAAGAGAAUGUCUGCAGUUCUGAAGUUGGACGUCGAAGUGAUGUAGCGGAUAAAGGAGACGUUGUUGAGGAUAUCGAUGGAAAUCAGUUGCUUCCACACUCCUCUAUAAAGUUAGAAGUUCAAGAGCUAGGAGAAGCGUUGAGUUCUUCACAUCGAUCUUCUUGCGAAGUCGUUUCACUCCAAAAUGCUAAUUUGGAAAAUGGUGUGUUUAAUGAGGCUGAUGGAGAUCCCAUUACAAAAUCCGGUGGUUCUAAACGGUCACUCCGUCGUAAACGUGCUCGCCCAAUGUCAAAUGAUUCUGUAAGAGCCACACUCAUAUCUUAG